AUGACACGGAGUUAAACCUAAAUUCGCGUAUAUACGGCCCUCUUUCCUUUCCGAUCUCAUAAUUUUUACAUCUCAUCUCACCGAUUGCCAUUGCCAUUGCCUUCUCUCCCUCCCCCAAUGGACACUCUUCAAUCCAACUACACAGAUUCCCCCUCUCAGCCCCAAUCCGAGCCCCAAACUCAACCCCAAUAUCCCUACGCUUACCAGAAUUAUCCCCAAUCUGAAACCCCCGACAAAACCCUAGACUCUUCCAACAACGCCGACGCUUCUAUGCCCGCCCCCAAGCCGCUACUCUCCGAGAAUGGUCUCGCCAACACGCACAGCGGCACCGACAAAGAUUUCUCUGGCGGCGAGGAGGAGACCACCAGCCGCAGGCGCCGCCGAUCUAGGUGGGACCCGCCCCCGAGCGAGUCCGGCAACGAUGGAGACGCCUCCACUGGCGAUGGCAAUUCUGGAACUGCUGGGAGGAAGCGGAAGUCAAGGUGGGCAGAUGACGAGCCGAAGCCGGUGAUCCAGUUGCCUGAUUUUAUGAAGGACUUCACUGGAGGUAUUGAAUUCGAUCCAGAGAUUCAAGCUUUGAACAGUAGGUUGCUUGAGAUUAGUCGUAAGUUGCAAUCGGGGAUGCUCUUGGAUGAUCGGCCUGAGGGUGCUAGGUCGCCCUCCCCGGAACCUAUUUAUGAUAACAUGGGAGUGAGGAUUAAUACCAGGGAAUAUCGUGCUAGAGAGAAGCUGAACAGGGAGAGACAAGAGAUCAUAUCGCAGAUUAUUAAGAAGAAUCCUGCCUUUAAGCCCCCUGCGGAUUAUAGGCCGCCUAAGCUUCAAAAGAAGCUAUACAUACCGAUGAAAGAGUACCCGGGUUAUAAUUUUAUUGGGUUGAUUAUUGGUCCAAGAGGAAACACUCAGAAGAGAAUGGAAAGGGAGACUGGUGCGAAGAUUGUUAUCCGGGGAAAAGGGUCGGUGAAGGAGGGUAGGCUGCAACAGAAGAGGGAUUUGAAGCCUGAUCCCUCAGAAAAUGAGGAUUUGCAUGUGCUUGUGGAGGCUGAGACUCAGGAGUCUCUUGAUGCUGCUGCAGGUAUGGUUGAGAAGCUCUUGCAGCCAGUUGACGAGGUUCUUAAUGAGCACAAGAGGCAACAACUUAGGGAGCUUGCUGCGUUGAACGGUACUAUUAGAGAUGAGGAGUAUUGUAGGUUGUGCGGGGAGCCUGGCCAUCGACAGUACGCAUGUCCUUCCCGCACUUCAACUUUUAAGAGUGAUGUUUUGUGUAAGAUUUGUGGUGAUGGUGGACAUCCUACUAUUGAUUGCCCGGUGAAGAAUACUACAGGCAAGAAAAUGGAUGAUGAAUAUCAGAACUUCCUGGCAGAACUUGGAGGAACAGUUCCAGAGUCUUCAAUCAAGUCGAGCUCUGCAACACUUGCUCUUCCUGGGGGUUCAGGCACAAAUCCUCCUUGGGCAAGUGCUGCCAACUCUGUGAGUAACACCACACAAGCUGGUCUUGGAUCGACACUGAUCAAGCCAAAGGAAUUUGAUGAGACUAACUUAUAUAUUGGUUACUUGCCUCCGACUCUGGAGGAUGAUGGUUUGAUCAAUUUGUUCUCCCCUUUUGGUGAAAUUGUGAUGGCUAAAGUUAUAAAAGACCGCGUGUCUGGUUUGAGCAAGGGUUAUGGAUUUGUGAAGUAUUCGGAUGUUCAGCAGGCGAAUAAUGCAAUUGCAAGCAUGAAUGGACACAGGUUAGAUGGGAGAACAAUUGCUGUGCGAGUCGCGGGUAAACCACCUCAGCCCACAGUGCCUCCAGGCCCUCCUGCUCCACCUAUGCCAACAUAUCCUGCUCCAAAUCAGCCUAUUGGUGCCUACCCCUCCCAGCAGUACAACACCGGUGGUCCCAUUGGAAGUGCACCACCUGGCAUGUAUCCUUGGGGACCUCCACCAGGACCACCACCUCCUUCAUAUUCCUCGUAUCCUCCUCCGCCACCGGGAUCGACAAUGUACCCUCCAGUUCCAGGUCAAGCAGUUCAUCAAUAUGGAGUGCAAUAUCCUCCGCCUCCAAUGCCUCCAGGUUCCUCUGGUGUCCAGACUCAGGCCGCUUCUUCUACCGACUCACAGCAAAGUUUUGCAUCUUCUGGGGAGAUGCAGCAAAGCUACCCUCCGGGAGUGCAAUCUCAGAGUAGUGCGCCAGUUCAAUCUGUCCCAACUUAUGCCUACGGAAACUCCGUAACUGCAAUGUUACCACCAAAUUCGCAGGUUUCUUACCCUACGCCUCCAUAUAGCUAUCCACCUCAUUAUGGUGCUGUUCCGCCACCCCCUCCUGCUGUGCCUCAGUCUUCUGUAGACCCUUCCCAAAGCUUGAGUAAUGUUCCGUGGUCCUCAAAUCCACCUGUGCCUCCUCCACCACCAUCUGCUGAGAAAAGUAACUACAGCACGGAUUCUGAAUAUGAGAAGUUCAUGGCAGAAAUGAAAUGAUGACAGAAUUUUCCGAAGAUGGUUUUCUGGAUGAGUCUCUGCAGAUUGUCAUCAUGAUACAACUUUCUAUGUAUCCAGUCGGCAACUUCUCUACCAUUUCUUGGAGUUUGGCCUCCUUUGAGCCCAUUUUUCUGUUUAAUUUCUGAUCAUGCAUGCUUUUAAUUUUAUGUAUAUCUUUUUUUGAUUUAUUAACAAAUAAUAACACUUGUUUCUUUGUCAUAUGUAAUAUCUUGACAGGCUGUUUGUUGGAGCACUUCUCAUCCUGAUUUCUUAUGUCUCUUGCCAUGAUUUACUUGUUGGAAGUUUGGGACUCACAUAACCUUGCUGUACUGUUACAUUUGCAGAGAGUUGCCAUGAAAUCCAGCCAUUCAGCCAAGUGUUGCAGGACCAAUUCACAUAUUUGUCUGUUGAAAUCUCACUUUGUAGGAUUAUUUCUAUUCGGACGGAUAUAUCUGCAUUUAGAGAGUCUGAUUUUCUUAUAUUUUCCAAAAUUUUAUGUUUGAACUUUUUAGUCUGUCUGCUGACCCUAUUUUGACUAUCUAACAAUUGAUUGUGUUCUUAUCUACUUCGUCUUAUUCUAA